AUGGCAGAGCAUGUUAAUGCCGCUGAGCUCGAGUACUCGAUGAUAAUGGCCGAUCUGGCAGCCGAGGAAAUGCAAAUCCUCCCAUCUCCUGUUAACCCUCGCAACGCCCCACGAGCUCAUGUGAGUGAGGGCAUUGAUGACAAUGAGGGAACGGAGGAGAAAAAUGUGCCCGAGCCUCUAAAUGAUCCCUACGGGAAUGGGGAUCCUAUCAUCACUCCUUUUGUGAGCCAAGGGGGGGAGCAAGAAGACGCCCCCAACGGCGAUGAGGGGGGUGGUGAGGAUGAGGGUAAAUAUGAGGACAACGAUGAUGAUGAAGGGGGUGAGGACGCCAAGGCUGGCGGCGGCGACAACAACAACCACUCUCCAAUUGAAGCCCCACAACAGGUGGAGAAAGCAGAGACAGCAGGUGACCCCUUUGAAUUCUUCCAUGAGCUUCCUCCCAACCUGAAGAACAGGAGGCUCAAUAGGGCGUUCAGGGAGGUCUUGAAGCCCUCUGAGGAGAAGGCCUUCAAUUCAGACAAGACAAGGCUGAUCUCUUGGACUCGGCUCUUCUCGGCUCGCUUUGAGGUUCUAAAUUGUGAAUUAUGUGAGGUGUGGGCCCAGAGAGACCGAUCUCUUGAGGAUUUUUCCGCUGUUGAGGACAAAUUGCGGGAGCAAGAAGAGGCCUACACGCUCCUGAAGCAGGAGCUUGAAGAAGAAAGUAGCGGCCACGAGGCCACUACUGAGAAGCUACGCCUCUCUGAGGCGUCCAAAAAGAAAUUUCAAAAAGACUUCAAGGACGCCAAAGAGUUGGCGGAGGGAUAUUGCGCCAAAGUCACUAAGCUUCAAAAUGAGCUUAGUGAAGUGGACAAGGCCAAGGACGAUGCUCAGGCCAAACUGAAAAUGGACACUGCCCAGUUGGUAGAAGACUCGAAGAAGACACCUGAGGGUGUUGUCUUCACUGGGGGAGUGGCCAACAAGGCCCUCGAGCAGGGGCAGGCGAGCCUUCACGUGAAGUACAAGGAAGCUCUAAAUUCCAUCGUCUCGGACCAAGCAGAGGCUGUGAAGAAAGCGGUAGAUGACUGUAUCACUAGAGAGAAAGAGGUUAGGAUGGCUAACUUCCAAAGGAAGCGAGCUCAGGAUGUCGCCGCUGCUGAAGAGGCGAGGAGGAAGGAGAAAAUUGAGGCUGAUGCAGAGGCUGCUGAACAGCAGUGUCUGGAGAAGUUGGAGAAGAGGGCUAGGAAAGAGAGAAGGUCCAAGAGUUGCUCGGACAGACCAGCAAAGACAAGUGAUGCCCAAGGCGCCACUGCUGGCAGGUCUGGCUCUACGCCCUCUACCUCCAAACCAAACAUCCCCUCCACUCGUACCUCUAAGGCGCCAGCAACUAAGAGGCAAAAGACCACUGCGCCAGGCCCUAGGAAACAGUAA